AUGGGGUUAUCUUCCAUCACCACGAUUAUCAUCUUCAUUUCUCUGCUUCUGAACGCUUCCAAUGCGACGGAUGCUGGCGGAAAGUGGAAUGUCGUUGGUAGCUCUCAAGCUGUAUGUAUAAUUCUGGCACUCCUACCUGGGAAUAGGCUGGCAUGUAUAGAAAGACCGCAUGUGUUGCCAUAUAUCGUGAAUCAGAAUCUCCUUGACAAUGUCACUGGAAACGUAGAGACCACUGUUGAAGUCGAUUUGAAUUCAAAUCCACCAUUGGUUACAAAAACACAUGUCACGUCGUCACCUUUCUGUGGGCACGCCGCACAAGGUUCUGACGGAAACCUGGUCGUCGCUGGCGGCGAUACCAGUCAAAGCUAUAAUAUAUACAACCAGAAUGUGUACAUUGCGGAUGGAAGGUCGGAUGUCAGAGGCUACAUGGCAGGUUGCACGCAGACUCCAUGCGAAACUGGAAGCUGGAACCUGCAUUAUACAAUGGGAAUUCAAAGGUGGUAUCCCACUCUUGUAACUCUCUCAGACGAUGAUGUUAUGCUCAUCGGAGGAACCAUCGAUAAUAUCGACCUCAACAACCUUCAGCCUGAAUUGAACAACCCGAGCUUUGAGUUCCUAUCAGGCAAAACUGGGUUAACUCAUGUGCAAAUAUUAGCGGACAUGUAUCCGUUAAACACAUUUCCUAGUUGCUUUUUGCUGCCCUCUGGCCUCGUCUGGGUUAGAGCUGCCACCCAAUCCGUCCUUAUUGAUCCAAACACUUUAGCUGUUACAUCUCCAAUACCCGUUCUGGACCCAGAGACAGUCAAACCACUUGGGUAUCCAUAUACUCCCGUGUCCGUCGUGUUGCCAAUGACUAUCGCCAAUAAUUUCUCUUUUACGGUACUCGUCUGCGGAGGCUCUGCUCGUAGCUCACCGAGCUCGCAGGACGCGAAUGACCAAUGGGCAUCCAACCAUUGCUAUAUCAUCAACCCAGAUUCGCCAAAUGCCAAUUGGACUGAGAUUGCACCAAUGCCUGACGGUCGAGUCAUGCCUGAUGCAGUUAUAAUGCCAAAUGGCAAGAUUGCUUUCGUAAAUGGAGCUGGUUUUGGACAAGCAGGUGGAGCCGCAGGAUUCGGAGCAUCGUCAUUGCCCGUGCACACAGUAAAUAUCUUCGAUCCGAUAACCAUGAGCUGGUCUCGUGGUCCCAACGCAACGGUCGACCGACUUUAUCAUUCAACAGCUGUGCUGUUACCCGAUGGUCGAGUCAUGACUGCUGGAUCUGAAGAACAAAACUGGAAUGACAUUGCAACAUUCGGACCAGGUGGCAGUGAUCUAAAUGGUGACGAGUUAGCAGCGUGUACACUUUAUUUGAAUUGUACUGAUCCAUUUGAGUAUCGAAUGGAAGCAUACACUCCCAGCUACUUAUUAACUGGCACGGCAGCUCCGGUCAUAUCAUCCGGUCCUGCUUCUGUUACCCACAAUUCCUCAUUCUACUUGCGUCUAAGUACUGACGCAACCGCCAUCACCAAGGCGGUCUUCAUUCGUUAUUCUGCUGUUACCCAUUCUACUAAUUCAGAUCAGAGAUAUCUCGAGGCAGUUAUAGUCAGUCAAAAUACCACCACAUUGGAGAUUCGUGCUCCAAUAAAUAGCACAAUGGCUCCUUCAGGAAAUUGGAUGAUCUUUGUACUGAAUAAAGCAGGCGUUCCGUCCACAGCAUGGACAACCCUCCUUCAAAGAGGGAACGAAACCGAUGUAUCGGUUGUGAUUAAUGCCCAAAAAGCACAAACAGCCGGAAGCACGGGCACCGGCUCGGUUGUUUCCUCUGACUCUACACAUUCCCAGCCCGCUCUCUUAAUUUACCUCAUAAUCAUUGUGAUUGUUUGUACUGGAACUCGUUUAUAG